GAUGUGUUUUAGCAUGACGGAUAUGUAACUCAACCACCACACUUGUUCCUAUUUUUUUCUUUUCUUGAAAGUACAGCGUGUGAUUCAUCUAGAACAUCCAUCUGUGCUUGUUUUAUGUAUUAUUUCUGUGUUUAGUGACCAUGGAAUCAAGUAAUGGAACCUCAUCCAAUGGACUGAAUUCAACAUUCAACUGCAGCCUUCCCUAUGAAAAUGACCGACUUCCACUGCUGGUUCUGUAUGGUAUUGUCCUCAUUGUGGGAGUACCUGCUAACAUUGUCACGGUCUAUCUCACUUUCCUCGAGGUGCAAAGGAAGAAUGUGUUGGGAAUCUACCUGCUGAGUCUGUCUGUCUGUGAUCUGAUGUACUUAGGCACACUACCUGCAUGGGCCGUUUACAUACACCAUGGCCAUCACUGGUACUUGGGCUCUCUGGCUUGUAAAAUGACAGGCUACAUCUUCUUUAACAACAUGUAUAUCAGCAUCUUCCUUUUGUGCUGUGUGUCUGUGGACCGUUACAUUGCUGUGGUGUAUUCGUUGAAAUCUCGAGGUUUGAGGCAGAUGAAGUUGGCUGUGAUAGUCACUUCAGUGGUGGUAGUUGUGGUGGCGCUGGGCCACAUGCCAGUGUUUACCAUGGCAGAGGGUGAAACAGAAACAAAACAGAAACGGUGCUUUGAGCCUGGACAGAACACAGCCACCUUGACUGCCUUCAACUACGCCCGCUUUGUUAUUGGGUUCUUCAUUCCACUGUGCAUUCUGCUGGUCACCAACCGUGCCAUUCUCUCUAUGGUCCAGGCCAGUGCUGGCUUGAAUUCAGAGCAGAAGAUCAAAGUCCGGUACCUCGUUCUGGCAGUAAUCCUGUUCUUCCUGGUCUGCUUCGCCCCUUAUCACAUUAUUCUUUUGCUACGGGCUGUUAGUUUCCAUUUCUCAGAAAGGCCCUGUACCUUUGACAUAACACUUUACUCACCGUACAGCAUCUCUCUGGGACUGUCCACUCUUAAUAGUGCUAUGAACCCAAUUCUGUACGUGCUGGCCAGUGAUAACAUGCGCAAGGAGAUCUGCAGAAGCACGUGCUGCCCGUACAGUGGCCUCUUGUCUAGAGAGGAGGCAGGACCAGCCCUGUCAUCACGGGGGCACUAUCAGAGAAACUGUCCUGGGGCGAGGUCAAGUGAGGGGACACAGGAGGGUUUAGUGGUCCUGUGACAUGCAGAAUAAAAUCAUGUGAAAUUUGUCUGUCUGAUCAAACUGUGAUGGGCAAACACAUAAGCUAUGUAUGUUUGGUGGGUGUUUGUGUUUGUGUAUGUUCUUAGGGGUCUUUUUUAAAAGGUUUAUCCUUUAUAUAUAUUGCGGGGCUGGAUAGGAAGUAUGCAUUAAAACAUGGCACUGGACUAGCAGUGACUUUUUUCUGACCUGGCUUUACAUUCCCCAAACUGGUGAGAUUUGAUAUUUUCAUUUUGGGAAAAACAUGUUUAAACAUUGAACAAGUUUUAGGUCUUACAUUUACGUACUGUCAGUUAUUUUAUACCCUUGCUAACAGAGAUGAAACUUCCUAUUAAUCACAUAAUAUCAGACAAUCGGAUUGCCUCACAGGCCUAUACAUUCCACUGCCUUGCUGCCAGACUCAGUAUAAUAAAAGCAGUCUUGAACUGUUAAAACCACACUUCUUGUUUUAGCAGGAAAUAGUUUGACAUACUACAGGGAACAAAAGCCAUUGUUGCUUAAGGAUGUGCUAAAAGACAUGUGCACAGUAUAAGCCGGAAUUGAGUUGUACAGUCAUAAUGAGCAACUGCACUGCCUAAAUAAAAGCCCUGUCAGAUGA